CCUGCAUUGCUUUUCGAAGCUCGCGCGCGAACGGUCCGCUCUUGUCGUGCGUAUACGUGUGCGCCGAUCGAUAAACACACGUGAAAAUCCAGUCGGUCCUCUUUCACGGCCGAUGGUGUAUCGUGGCGAUACGGUUGGCCAGAGCUCGAGAUCGUUGGACAAGCUCGAUUGCAAAAAAGCUCCGGGGGCCGAUUAUCGUUCCGUUUUCGUCGGUUCGAUCGGUCAUUUCCGCACCGCGAGCAACGAGAACGUGGUGCAUGCGAUUCGAAUCACGCGGAACACGCCGGGACGACACUCGGUGAGACGAGCACGACGACCACGACGACGACGACGACGAAGACGACGGCGACGACGAUCACGACGGCCAGUCGUCGAGAUCUAGCGGCUACGUCGACGAGUCGACGGACUCUCGCGCACCGAUCGCAGUUUCGAAGAAUGAUCGCGCGUCUUUGAGGUCAAGGAGAAUAACGGAGAGAAAGGUAGAGUGCAAGUAAACUGUGCGAGGAAAGCCGAAGCGGAAGGAUCUGCGCGGGGUCACGAAGAAAGAUGUGGCAAUUAAGGUUUUGGAUGUACCUGCUGCUGAUAGCGUUAUCACUGGCGCCAGUGCAGAGGGUCGCGGCAUGUAGCUGUAUGAGCAGUCACCCCCAAACGAUGUUGUGCAAUUCAGAUUUCGUCGCCCUCGUGAGAGUGAAGAAGGCCACGCACGUGAACAGGGACGAAAUCGGGUACAGCGUGAAGAUCAAUAAAAUCUUCAAGGUGAACACCAAGUCAUCGUACACCGUGCUGAUGAAAAAUAUUUUAUGGACCGCCUCGUCGGAAGUUAUGUGCGGAGUACACCUUAAAGUCGGGGAAACGUACGUGGUAAGCGGGAGUGCGAAUGGACGUGAUAAGGCUCACAUAUCACUGUGCGGCAUGUCGAUGCCGUGGCGUUUGGUGACGAGCAGACAGCGAAAGGGCUUCAGACUGCUGUACCGUUUCGGUUGCUCGUGCAACAUCUAUUACACGCCCUGGUGGACGAAGGGAGCAGCUCUGGAGAACACGGACGGCAAGGAAUGCCUGUGGGAGAGCAAACCAGGCCCGGAAGAGUGCCAGAGGGAUUACGGGGUGUGCAUGCCGGGACAAGGCGGUUGCUACUGGGUUCCAUCCGUGCCUUACAAGAACUGCAUCAAGGAGUAUCAGCAGAAACGCGAGCAACAGAGAGCGCGGGAGCCUUAGGCUGUUAGGCGUACACGAAAGUUCUACGGUUGAACGAAGAUCGAUCACGCUGGCGAAAAAUCGACGUCGCUCACGCCAGGUCGCACGUAGCACGCGUCCCGAUCUGUCACGCGUUUGUCAAAUUUCGCGUAUGCCUCCAGUAAGGAUGCUCGUUAGCAACGAGCGCGAGCGGCCAGCUGCUGCGACGACGUGGCAGCAGACUGCCGCUACACCGUGUGAACACGUCGAUAAAUUAAUGCUAUCCCGUCUAGACGACGCGUAGUUAUUUAAAUCGACCGCGACUAAUCAGCGUCGUCGUCGUCGAGUAAAAUGUCCGCGACGAUUAAGGAUUGGAAAAAUUCUACGAGCGAACUAGACGUCGGCGGAGGACGGUGUCAGCGUAUUUGUUCGGAGGCGUAGCAUUAAUUUCCCCCUACAACGUAGCGUUUUCAUUUCUGCAUCGUGUCAUGCUCUAUUUAUUGUUGCGUUCCAUCAGAAGUAUUAAUCGGGUGGUUGUGUCGGCGAGUACAAAAGUCGUUCGUUAAUUAAACACGAAGCAGCGAAUCGAGUGGUGAAAAUCGUGCACGACUAGUUGGGAAGCUGUCGUUCAGGGGUAUAAAUAUAGACCGUCGAACUCUUGAAA